AUGUCUCAACAACAUUAUUUUUCUCCACUGUGUAUAUCCUCAAGCGUUUUCCACAAUUAUCGUACGUUAUUUACACAUAUUCGCAAUGAACAUCGUGAAGAAUCGCCUUUUAAUAUUCGCUGUGAAUUAGAUGCAUUUUGCGGAUCUCGUUACUCGUCGUUUGAUAGUUAUCGUAACCAUAUUUACUGUUGUCAUCGCUCUCUUCUCGAUUCGUCUGACAAUAAUGAUACUGUUUCAUCGAAUACUGAUGAUAUUGUGGAUGAUCUUGAGAAUUUAUUUUGUCAUCCUACUUUUAGCAACGAAUCAGAUGCUAUUAAUGAUCCUGAAUCAUGUAUCUAUCCUGAUGAAGAACUUCAUGAUACAGAUCAUGAAUUUCUUAAUUUCGAUUCCCCCACGUUGUCUAUUAAUAAUGAACAACUUUAUUUCAGCAAACUUGCACAAUUCUAUACUCGCUUUCUUCUUGAGCUUCGCGAAUAUCAUCUUCUUCCUCAAAAAGUCGUACAAUCUAUUUCAUCUAAAACUUGUUCGUUAUUUGACAUAAUUAUCAAAUUGAUUAAAACAAAGGCAUCAUCAGCCUUCAUGCCUAUUAUUGAUGUGGAAGCAAUAUUCACACAAGUAAAUUUUAUUAUAAAUUCUAUUAGUAAUAGUGACUACAACUUUUUAAAACACUGUAAAAAUUAUUUCGACUAUCAACCACCAGCUGAAAUCGUAUUGCAUACAAAUGAUGAACAUGCUUAUUAUAUUCCAUUGAAACAUAGCCUGUCUUGUAUGCUUCAAAAUGGUCAAUUACUACAGGCGAUAAUUGAUAAUAUUAAUUCUUUAUCAACUCGUGCAACUAAAGACAACGAUCUAAUAUUAUCCAAUCGGCAAAAUGGUAUUACUAUUACUAAUCCAAUAGGUCCUAAGAAAGAUUUACACAAGUUGACUUGUUUUUAUUAUUUGUUGGAUGAUUUACCUGAUAUCGUUCGCUCACAAAUUAAUUCAAUAGGUUUACAUUGUAUAUAUUAUACAAAACAUUUGAACAAAGAUAACAGUAGAUUAAUAUUAAUGAAGAUACUUGUGGAAGAUCUUAAUAAACUGCAAACUGAAGGCAUCACAAUUCCUUGUCUUUCCAGUAGAAUUUAUUUCGUUUUCUCUACUUUGUGUGGUGAUAAUUUAGCGUCCAACGAAGUUGGAGGCUUUCAGAAAAGUUUUAGCUCAGGCAGCUUCUGUCGUCAUUGUUUCGUUACUUAUGAACAAAGGCAUAUCCCAUUAACUGAUAUAUCAUUUGUACCACGAACACGCUUAGAACAUGACAUGAUUGUCAAUAAAGUUAUCGCCAAUCAUGAUGGUCACAUUAUUCAAGGUGUUAAAAAUGAAAGUUGGUUGAAAGAUCUUAUUGGCUUUCAUGCUACCGAAUCACUUCCACCAGACCUGAUGCAUGAUAUCGCUGAAGGUGUGUGCCCGCUCAUCAUAAAUGCUUUAUUAAAAGAAGCUAUCCAACAACGUCUUUUAACUUAUUCAGAUAUUGAACAACGCACAUCAUGUUUCAUCUAUGGAUUCUAUGAUUCAUCAAAUAAACCACCACCUGUAAAAAAGCAACAACUAACUCAUUCAAAUAUGGCUGGCACUACUAGUCAAAAAUUAUGUUUUUUUCGUUUGUUUCCUGUCAUCUUUCGCGUUAUUAUUGGUGAUCUUACUCUACUUCCACUAUACACUAUUUUAAGUGAAAUUAUAAGCUACAUAUAUGCCAAUCCACUUAGAAAAUCAUGGUUAUCGUACUUAGAUGGUUUAUGUAAACAAUUUCAUUGUCUUAUGAUCGAACAUUUACCUGAUCAUGUAACACCAAAAGUACAUUUUUUAAUGGAGUAUACUCGUUCUAUUGAAAUGCAUAAACUCCCUGUAUUGAACUCCUGUAUACGAUUCGAAGCAAAGCAUUUGUAUUUUAAGCAAAUUGCUAUUCGAAUAUGUAAUUUUAAAAAUCCUCUGCUUACUCUCACGAAACGUCAUCAAUUACGUUAUUGUAUGUUGAACAAUUCCAAUUCAUUCUGCUAUUCAUCAUCAAUAACAGUUCGAUCGUCUAAAUCAAUCGAAUGGUCAAAAUUUUCUAUUCCUGUGCGACGUUUAUUGAUAAAUUUUAUAAAUGAAACUGAUUUAGUAUAUGAAUGUACUUCGAUUGAUUACCAUCAUAUGAAUGUUAGAACUGGAUCAAUUGUUGUUCAUCAUCUUGCACAUGCUGAAGAAAUUCCAGUAUUUUGCCAGAUUCAUCAUCUAUUAAACAUCCAAGAAAAAAUAACUAUCAUUGCCGAAAUGUUAAAUACAGUUUCAUUUGAUGAAAAUUUAUGUUCGUAUGAAGUUGCAUUUACGGGAACCUUGGUUAAAAUUGAUAUUGAACAUUCUUUUGAUAUAUAUCCUCGUUGUCUAGAUAUGUAUGAUGUUGAACAAGCACAUUAUAUAAAUGUUUUAACGCACGAAGACAUUGAUGGCUCAACAUUGGUUUUACUUCAACAUAAUGAUAUUGCCGAAAUAUUUCCUCGAAUAAAAGAUCGUGUAAAAUUUGUUAAUCAACUUGCAAAAUUAACUUCAAACUUGAACGAACAAAAUGAAAAUACUGAUGGAACAACAACAACAACAACUAAUGUAUUUGAUUUAACAGCAUCAUCAUCAUUGAAACCUGUAGAUUCAGUACAAGAGAAUGAUACAUUUGAUUCAUCUGUUUUACGUGAAAAAAGUCAAUCAAAUAAUGAUAUUCAUCAAACAACAGAAGCUAAUCUUUCAUCAAGUAUAAAUUUUCCUGAUGAUAAUGAUGACAUUUAUGCUACAGCAAAAUUACCCUCCGAUUAUCAAGGUCCAGAUUUAACUAUCAGAAUGCAACAUUACAUUGAUGACAAUAAUAUUUCAAAAUUUAAUCCACAUACAGCUUUACGUGAUGAACUACUAUCGUGUCUUUUUGAUGAUGUAACCAAAUCACAUAAACUACUUUAUCCAACUAAUGAUGAAUACUUGACUAUGGCAAAGUGUUUGGUAAAGAAACUGCAUGUUUCUUCAGCAUUGUAUCAUGAUGCGGUAAAAGACUGGCAAGAAAGCAUCAAGCAGAAAUCUAAACGUGAACGUAAACCUUUACAAUUAACCACUAAUUUUGUGAAAAGCAAACAAGAAAAAUAUGGUAAUGCUGAAGGUCGAACUAAUGAUAUACCGAUUAUUAGUAUGGCUGAUCGACAAAAUGAAAAUCUUUUAUCUAUAGUUGAUCCAAUGAAAGUAGAAUUACUUACAGAUGAUCCUGAUCUUGAUAUGUUUCAUAAUCUUUGGCAACAAUCAUUUAAUAUUCGUCGUUUAUGUAUACGUGAUUUAACUGUAACUGAAAUACUUGAACGUUUUCCUGGUUAUCGUCUUUCAGAAAUUGUAUGUGCUACUGAUAAUAGUUUAAUCUUGGCUGAAGUUAAAGAUUGUGCUGGUGUUAAUCUUGAAGGCAAUGUGAACGAUUUAUUGCCGAAGUUUUUUGAUCAUCUGCCUGAAAACAACUGUUUUUUAUCUGAUAACAAAUUAACAGCUGCAGCUUUUUAUGGACAUACAGAUGUACUUGAAAAAUUAAUUCAAAUGGGACUUGAUGUUAAUCAAUUUGAUAAAUGUUCAAUAAAACUUGUCAAACUUCUUUGUCAAUAUGGAGAUUUUGAUUUAAAUGAAUGUACGAAUUCAGGUGAAACACAACUUCUGAUGGCUAUUGAACGAAAUGAUUAUGAAUUAGUCGAUUAUUUACUACGUCAAGGUGCUUAUCCUCCUGAUCAACCUAAUAAUGAUAAAUGUUAUCCAAUUCAUCUAGCUUGUUUUAAUGGACAAGAAAAUAUUCUCUAUUUACUUCUAUCAUUCAAUGUAACUAUUGAACAGUCAAAUGAAAACUAUCCACAUCCAUUGGUGAUUACAACAUAUAAACGAGAUUUAUACUCAUUUGAUUUAUAA